GCACUGUUUGAAUAUGAUUAUUUGAAAAAUAAUUAAAUUUUUUUAAAAUAAAAAUAUAGAAAAAAAAAUUUAAUUGCUUCUAGAAGCCUCUACGAGCUCUCUCAAAUAAUUUUUGUCCAAAAUGAAGCUUAGUCCAAUUCUGCCAAAAUCUGAGCUCACACUAUAAUUUUCUUAUACUAAUGGCACCUUCCUUCGGUGUUCCUCUGUUUCUCUCCAUCCUCCGAAGAGUUUGAAUGGAAAUUCUGAAGAACUUCACGUUCUCGUCUGAUAUUUGCUUUUUUUGGAUCUUAGCAUAUAAAUUUUCUUCAAAAGUCACGAAUUUUGUUACACGGUAUUGAUAAUUGACGAGGAUUUCGCUUCAGGAUUUGAACAUCAUGCAGACAAAUCUCCACCUUCAAGCUUUCUCCAAAGAAAUCCCCACCUCCGACGCCUCCUCUAACCCCCGACAGAGCUCAGGCCAAGACUUGCAUGAAGACUCAGAGAUCUUCUCAGAAAUCGUUCUUACCUACAUGAACCAGAUACUAAUGGAAGAAGACAGCGACGAGAAGCUCGAUAUGCUUCAGGAGCACCCUGCCCUUCUCGCCACCGAAAAGCCCUUUUACGAUAUCAUCGCCGAUACCCAAUUGUCUUCUUCUUCUGCUUCAAAUCGACCAACUUUUCCUUCGAACCACCACAAUUCUUAUAAUGACAGCCUCAGUCCUCAGGGCGAACCUCCGGUCAAGUCUACGAAUAGCCGUAAGACAUUGCAGGGCGAUGAUAACUUGGAGGCAGAAGAAGGUAGAUCCUUAAAGCAAUCCGCUCUCUGUUUCGAUACUGAGGUCCCGCUGGAGAUGUUAGAUGCCCUUCUUUUCAAAGAAUGCAAGGGCAACCGUCAGGUUGAGACCUGUUAUGAGACCUCCCAUGGCAGAACCAAAUCUGGGACGAAGAAGAAGCUGGAGAAAAAGGAAUCCGUUGUUCUCGACUCCUUACUAAUACAGUGCGCGCAGGCCAUAUCUGAAAACGAUCUCCCACAUGCCCACAAGCUUCUAAAUCAAAUCAGGCAGCACUCAACCCCUUUCGGCGACUCAAACCAGAGGCUUGCCCAUUGCUUCGCCAACGGCCUCGAAGCGAGGAUCACCGGCGGCGGCGGAGGCGGAAGUGUGAGCUAUUACUUCCCGUCACCGCCUCCGGCAACCGUGUCAGAUAUGUUAAAAGCACAUCAGAUCUAUCUCGCCGCUGCUCCUUUUAAGAAAAUCUCCGAUUUCUUCGCUCAUCAGAAUAUACUUAACAUCUCCGGAAAAUCCAGGAGGCUUCAUAUCAUAGACUUCGGUAUCUACCACGGAUUCAUGUGGCCCUGUUUCUUGCAGCGCCUCUCAACCCUCACUGGCGGCGCUCCGAUGCUCCGCAUCACCGGAAUCGACUUCCCGCAGCCCGGAUUCCGGCGCGAGAGGCUAGAAGAAACAGGCCGGCGGCUGAGCGAAUACGCCCGGCGGUUCGACAUCCCCUUUCAGUAUCACCCAAUUGCUUGCAAGUGGGAGACGCUUCAGCCGGAGGAUUUCGGAAUAGAAGAAGACGAGGUCCUCGUCGUGAACUGCAUGAACCGGCUGCAAAACCUCGCCGAUGAGUCCGUAUCGCCAAAGAACCCGAGGGACCAGGUUCUGAACACAAUUAGAAAGCUGAAGCCGGAUGUUUUCGUGCUUGGGAUCGUCAACGGAACAUACAAUACGCCGUUCUUCUUGAGGAGGUUUAAGGAGGCGAUGUUCCACUUCUCGGCGCUGCUUGAUAUGUUGGAGACGAACGUGGGGAGGGAAGAUGAACAUAGGAGGCUGCUUGAGAGGCAUUUUUUUGAGAGGGAAGCGUUUAAUGUGAUAUCGUGCGAGGGAUUGGAGAGGGUGGAGCGGCCGGAGACUUAUAAGCAGUGGAAGACGAGGAGUGAAAGGGCGGGGUUGGUGCAGGUGUCGUUGGAUGCCGACAUAGUGAGGAAGUCGAGGUUGAAGCUGAAGCGCUGUUAUCAUAAGGAUUUCAUGGUGGUUGAAGAUGGAGAGUGGCUUUUGCAGGGGUGGAAGGGCAGAAUACUCUAUGGCUUGUCUGCUUGGAGGACAGGAGAUAGGGCUAUAAAGGUUUUGAGUUGAGUCAAGUAGGUGUUUGUUUAUGUUUGAGUCGUUUAUUCUUAGUUUGUUCAAGGUUCGGAUUGAGCUUGAUUCGAGCUUCUAUGUUUGUGCUCAAGCUUGACAUAUAAAAUAAUAGAUGUUUAUGUCUGGUUUGUA